ACAUAAAUAAACAGAGGAACAAAAACCCUCACCUUCACUUUCUUUUCAUUCUACACCGACUUGAAAAAUCCCAAAAAAAAAAAAAAAAAAAAUGAAGAAUUCUCUAACAGCUUUCAUUCUCUUCAUCACUACAAUCAUUUCUCUCUUUAACCCAUCAACCCAAUCCAAAGUCUCUCUCUCUAUAACCCCAUCCGUUUUAGCCAAAUCGGGCGACCCGAUCCGAAUCCAAUGGUCCGGAAUCGCCGAACCGUCCAAGCUGGACUGGCUCGGCAUCUACUCUCCCCCGGACUCCGCUCACGAGAACUUCAUCGGCUACGUGUUCCUCAACUCCUCCGCCACGUGGCAAUCCGGGUCGGGCUCCAUUUCGCUUCCUCUCAUCAACCUCCGAUCCAACUACUCCUUCCGGGUCUUCCGAUGGGUCGAAUCCGAAGUCAACCCGAAAAAACACGACCACGAUAACAACCCGUUGCCGGGCACGGCCCAUUUGUUGGCCAAGUCGGUGGAAGUCGGGUUCGGGUCGGGUCGGGUGCCGGAGCAGAUCCAUCUGGGGUUCACGGAGAAUGCGGAUGAGAUGAGGGUGAUGUUCUUGACGGGGGAUCGUGAGGAGAGGCGAGUGAGGUAUGGGUUGAGAGAGGGUAAGCUCGACCACGUGGCGGUGGCACGUGUGGAGAGGUAUGAGAGGGAGCACAUGUGCGAGGAGCCGGCGAAUUCGAGUGUCGGGUGGAGAGACCCGGGUUGGAUUCAUGAUGGGGUUAUGAAGAAUUUGAAGAAAGGAGUCAGGUAUUAUUAUCAGGUUGGAAGUGAUGCUGGAGGUUGGAGUUCAACUCGCAGCUUUGUGUCAAGGAAUGAGGACUCUGAUGAAACAAUAGCUUUCCUGUUUGGUGAUAUGGGAACUGCAACACCAUACUCUACCUUUCUCCGUACACAAGAAGAAAGCAUAGCGACCAUGAAGUGGAUACUCCGUGAUAUUGAGGCUUUGGGUGACAAGCCAGCUUUUAUCUCACAUAUUGGGGACAUCAGCUAUGCAAGAGGAUAUUCAUGGUUGUGGGAUCAUUUUUUUAAUCAGAUUGAACCUGUUGCAUCCAAAGUAGCAUACCAUGUGUGUGUUGGUAAUCAUGAGUACAACUGGCCUUCACAGCCUUGGAGACCUGAGUGGUCUGUGGGAAGUUAUGGAAAGGAUGGGGGUGGUGAAUGUGGUGUACCCUACAGCCUUAAGUUCAAAAUGCCUGGAAACUCUUUAGAGCCAACUGGAACCCGAGCCCCAGCUACUAGGAACCUUUACUAUUCAUUUGAUAUGGGGGCAGUACAUUUUGUAUACAUGUCAACCGAGACCAAUUUCCUUCAAGGGAGCAACCAAUAUAACUUUUUAAAGCAUGAUUUGGAGUCAGUUAAUAGAAACAACACUCCUUUUGUGGUAGUCCAAGGGCACCGGCCGAUGUAUACAACAAGCAAUGAAAAUAGGGAUGCCCCAUUGAGGGAGAAGAUGCUUGAGCACUUGGAACCUUUGUUUGUGAAAAACAAGGUCACCCUUGCAUUGUGGGGUCAUGUCCACAGAUAUGAGAGGUUCUGUCCAGUGAAUAACUUUACUUGUGGAAGCAUGGGCCUGGAGGGGGAGGAUUGGGAGGCAUUUCCAGUCCAUAUUGUUAUUGGGAUGGCAGGACAAGACUGGCAACCCAUCUGGGAGCCUAGACCUGACCACCCGAAUGAUCCGAUCUUCCCACAAGCUAAACGCUCUUUGUACCGUGGGGGUGAGUUUGGGUACACUAGAUUGGUUGCUACAAAGGAGAAGCUUCAGCUUUCUUAUGUAGGGAACCAUGAUGGAGAAGUGCAUGAUAUGGUGGAGAUUCUAGCAUCUGGACAAGUUCUCAGUGGCAGUGGGGAUAGUUCUGUUGAUGGUGCUGGAGCCAGGGGUGAGGCUCCUCAGUCCAAAUUUUCAUUGUUGGUUAAGGGAGUGAGUGUAUUAUUACUUGGGGCUUUUAUAGGCUAUGUUCUUGGUUUCAUUUCCCGUUCCCAAAAAGAGGCUACUCCAAAAAAUAGCUGGACUCCCGUGAAGACAGACGAUAUUUGAACUAGAAAUUGCAGUGAAGCAUAUUGGUUAGUUUCCAAAAUCUGGUUCAUCUGUAUUUAAAAUGUAACUGCAAUUAGGCAUCAAAGUUGUGUUGUGAAUUGAUGUUCUCCCUACUGUUUGGAUGGAUGCCGAAGCUAGGAAGGUGGGAUAAUAUGUACCACAUAAAUGCUUAUGUAACUUUUGUCAUUGUAAAUAUGCAAUUUUCCUAAUUUAAUUUAUGUUAUUUAACACUUUGUAUAAAGGACUUCAUAUGGUUGAAAGUCAUGUACUUGUCAAAUAAAUGUGCAAUUGUCACGGCGUGUAUUAUUGAUGCAUGAAUAUGAUCUGAUCUUACC